AUGGAAGUGUGUCAGGAAUUGCACAAACCCUCCAUACGCUUGGAGUGUGACCACUGUGGUUUCAGGGGCACUGAUUACGAGAAUGUGCAGAUCCACAUGGGCACUAUUCAUCCUGAAUUCUGUGAUGAGAUGGAUGCUGGAGGCCUAGGCAAGCUCAUAUUUUACCAGAAGAGUGCAAAACUCUUUCACUGCCAUAAGUGCUUUUUCACCAGCAAGAUGUACUCCAAUGUGUACUAUCACAUCACAUCUAAACAUGCUGCCUCAGAGAAGUGGAGUGACAAGCCAAAAGACCAGCUGAGCAAAGAAACAGAAUCUGUGAAGAGUCCUUCCCUUCCUGAGCAUCAGAAUUCAGCCUUUGACUCGGCAGAAGUGAGGCCCACUCCAGCCCUUCCCCUGGAAACACAGAAAAUUGGUCCGAGUUUGUCUCCAGAGUCACAGAAGUCUGUUCCUCCAGUUCUGGAGCCUCAGAACUCUGGCCCUGUUGUUUGUCCCGAGCCACAGGCUCCUUGUCUUCCUGCUGAGGACUCAGAAGCUGCUCCUGCUUCUUCCCCUGAAUGUCUAGACCCCGCCUGUGUGCUUCCUGAGCUGCAGAAGCAUGACCGAGCCCCUUCUCCAGAGUCAGGAAGGUCUGCUCUUGUCAGCUCCAAACCCCAGAAGCACUCUCCCUUUGCAGAUACAGGGGCUCCGCCUUCAGCCUUGUCUCCGGAGUCCCCAGUUCUGGCCACUUCCCCUGAGCCUUGGGGACCAUCCCUCACUGCAUCUCCUGAGUCACGGAAGCCGGCGCGGGCUGCCUCCCCUGAGCCAAGGAAGCCGUCCCCAUCAGAGUCUCCUGAACUCUGGAAGCCAUUCCCUGCCAUCACUUCAGAGCCACGGAGACCAACCCCAGCAGUAUCACCAGGUUCCUGGAAGCCUGGGCCGCCUGGUUCUCCUAGACCUUGGAAAUCCAGUCCUUCAGCAACAUCGGGACCAUGGAAGUCAUCGAAACCUGCUACAUCUAUGUCUCCUGGACCUUGGAAGCCAAUACCUUCUGUGUCACCCGGGCCUUGGAAACCAGCUCCAUCUAUGUCCACUGCAUCCUGGAAGUCUUCGGUCUCAUCUGGUUCCUGGAAAACGCCCCCCACAUCUCCAGAGUCAUGGAAGUCUGGCCCACCUGAACUCCGAAAGACAGCUCUGGCUUUGUCACCUGAACAUUGGAAGGCAGUGCCCCCUGUGUCUCCUGAGCUUCGCAGGCCAGGCCCGCCACUCUCCCCAGAGAUCCGAAGUCCAGCAGGUUCUCCGGAGCUGAGGAAGCCGUCAGGGUCACCAGACCUUUGGAAGCUUUCUCCUGACCAACGGAAGACUUCUCCUGCUUCACUUGAUUUCCCUGAGUGCCAGAAAAGUUCUCGUGGUGGCUCUCCUGAUCUCUGGAAGUCUUCCUUCAUUACAGAGGCUCAGAAACCUAACGUCUUCCCUGAGACACGGAAACAUGCUUCUUCAGGCUCAUCUGAGUCCGCAAAGGUGGCCUCAGACAUCUGGAAACCUGUCCUCUCCAUUGAUGCUGAGCCCAGGAAGUCCACAUUGUUUCCUGAGCCCACCAAGGCAGUCCUCCCUGCUUCCCCUGAGCCACGGAAACGUGCACUUUUCCCAGAGUCUCGGAAGCAUGUACUUUUCCCUGAGCUCCCCAAAUCCACUGUGUUCUCAGAGGCCCAGAAGGCCACUGAGCUUAGUGAUGAGCUACAGCUUGAAGCGGUGGAUGAUGCAAAAUGUGACGGUCUGGUCCAGGAAGGACUUCUGGCUACACCUAAGAAACUGUUAGAGGAUGCUUUGUUUCCUUCUUCAAAGAAGCUGAAGAAAGACAGCCAAGAGAACUCGGAUGCUGAGCUCAGUAGCAGUGAGUACAUCAGAACUGACUUAGACACUAUGGACAUCAAGGGUCAGGAGUCAAGCAGCGAUCAAGAACAGGUGGACGUGGAAUCUAUUGAUUUUAGCAAAGAGAACAAAAUGGAGAUGAGUAGUCCAGAGCAGGCCAAAAAUGUGCUUCAGUUCACUGAAGAGAAGGAGGCAUUCAUUUCUGAAGAGGAGAUCGCAAAAUAUAUGAAGCGCGGAAAAGGGAAAUAUUAUUGCAAAAUAUGUUGCUGUCGUGCCAUGAAAAAAGGUGCCGUCCUGCAUCACUUAGUUAAUAAGCACAAUGUUCACAGCCCGUACAAGUGCACAAUCUGUGGGAAAGCGUUUCUUUUGGAGUCUCUCCUUAAAAAUCAUGUAGCAGCCCAUGGGCAGAGUUUACUUAAAUGUCCACGAUGUAAUUUUGAAUCAAAUUUCCCAAGAGGCUUUAAGAAACAUUUGACUCACUGUCAGAGCCGGCAUAGUGAGGAAGCAAAUAAGAAGCUGAUGGAAGCUCUUGAGUCGCCAUUGGAAGAGCCACAGAUUUGAUUUUGAAACAAUGAUCUUGCUUUACAGCGUUGCUUGCCAAACUUGUAGCUUGUUGAGUAGCUUAGAUGGACCAGCAGAUGGUGUAUGCGCAGUGUAUCCUGUUUGUCACAAAGAAUAAGCACUUGGGUAUUUUUUCACAUGACCUCUUGUUUAUGUGGCUGGCUGUUUUAUAAGUCAAUACACUCCUGUUAUAUAUUCCCGGUGGAUAUAGCUCAUUUUCCUUAAGCCUGUUUUAGUCACACUGCAGGAGUGGGGAAAAGUAGGCAGUCCAUAUGGUAAACAAGCAAGUUUAAGCCUCUCUCUGUGUGUCUGUCUCUCUGUUUCUCUCUCUCUCUCUCUCUCUCUCUCUCUCUCUCUCUCUGUGUGUGUGUGUGUGUGUAUGUAUGUGUGUGUAUAACUGAUUUCAGAUCAUAGAAAUUAGGUAGAGGGCUCAGUGGUAGAGCCCUUGCCUAGCAUGUUUUGCAUACUUAUCAGUUCCAGGGUUCAAGCCUCAGUACCUUAAAAAAAUAAUAAUAAAUAAAACAAAAAACCUGGAAUGUUUGAGAAUUGAGCAUGAAAAGUAAAUAUGAGAAGAAUUUUGUUAAAUAUACUUUUGGAUCAUGUUUUAUAUCCUCUUCAUGCAAAAUUAGUUUAAAAUCUUUAAUACUUUUCUUGAUGUUCAUUAGUUUUUAAUGUUAUAGAGCAGCAGUUCUCGGCCUGUGGGUCAUGACCCCUUUCACAAGGGUCGCUUAAGACCAUUGGAAAACACAGAUACUUACAUUAUGAUUCAUAACAGUAGUAGUUACAGUUAUGAAGUAGCAAUGAAAUAAUGUUAUAGUUGGGGUCACCACACAUGAGGGACUGUAUUAAAGGGUCACAGCGUUAGGAAAGUUGGAAACUGCUGCUAUAGGGAGUUGGCGUCUUAGGGGUCACUGGUUUUCUGCUGACAGGACAACUGAGUAGGUAUUUACUGCAGUUUGGGUUCUUUUCUGCAGAGAUGAGAAGGAUAACCACGUGAUUAAGGACAUACAUGUCUAGUUAUUUUCAACAGAGGCUUCCUUGUGUCUUGUCCUUUGCUUCCCUGCCAGCUCACAUGAACAGAUGAUCCUUAAUUGCCAAAUGUAUUAGUGUUCUCACCCCCUACUCCUGGGCCUUACGUGCUUCCUGUGGGGGCUCCAGACCUGAGUAAUGAACAGGAGCGGAAAGUCUUCCAGAUUCACAGUAAAAAGUUUCUAAGCAGCGCUAGUGUGGCAGUACACACUAGAUUCAGCUGCCUGGGAGGCUGAGGUAAGGAGGAUCACUUGAGCCCAGCCUGGGCAGCAUAGUGAAAUCCUGUCUUAAAAGCAUCCCUGUUUGAGGAACAUUUUUAUUUUGUUUCACAGUUUUGUCAUUGUAAAUAAUAUCUUGUAUCUCCUCAUGGAUUACUAUUCUAACAUUUUGUUAAAUGUGUACCAACCAAAUUAAAAAGGCUUUCAUGUAA